AUGUUUGUAAAAUUAUGGGCUCACAUAUGCAAACACGAAAAUUCCAAUUUGUUACCUGACCAGCUCAAACCAUUAUACGACAGAAGCGUCGUCCAAGACACCGCCGGGCUCGAACCAAUUUUCUUGAACCAAUUGCUAAACAUGGAUUCAGACCGGCCCUUCAAUAGAAGCUUGAUGUUCGUCGACCAUUUUAAAUCUCCAGCAGAAGACACAAUUCGAGGAACGUUUGUAUUCACUCGGGAAAAAAUAGAAGCACUAAGGCAAUCAGUGAAGGAGAAGAGACAACAACAUGGUCAUCAAUCGGUUCAAUAUUUGUCUACGUUUUGUGUCAUACGUGCGUAUGUAUGGAUUUGCUUAAUCAAGGCAAAAGAAAUACAAAGUGAUCAUAAAGCUGCAGUUCUGAUGGGCUUUACUGUGGAAUGUAGGUCGCGUUUAGACCCUUCUAUACCCACCACUUAUUUCGGCAACUGCUUAUCAUGCAGCGGAGCAGUUGCGGAAACAAAAGCGGUUUUAGGAGAAGAUGGUCUGAUUGUGGCAAUAAAUGCAAUUAGUGAAGCUAUAAAACGUUUGGACACGGACGGAGUUUUGGGUGGAUUAGAGAAUUUGCUUCCUUUAAUGUACUCAACGAGUAUAGAUCAUGAGAGUUUACUCUCUAUUGCUGGAUCGCCUCGCUUUGAAAUUUAUGGGACUGACUUUGGUUGGGGAAGACCAAAGAAGGUGGAGGUCAUUUCCAUAGAAAAGACUGGAGCAAUAUCUCUCUCAGAAUCCAAGUAUGGUGGUGGAGGCGUUGAGGUUGGGUUGGUUUUGAAAAAACAUCACAUGGAAGCGUUUUCGAGUCUGCUUGCGAAAGGUCUUGCAAACAUCUGA